AUGACUCAUAGUUUUCUUCUCAGGGAGUUUGUUCGUGAUGAAAAUCUUUCUCAGUAUUCUGUCAUCAUCGUGGAUGAUGCUCAUUGGAGAACAAUUGUUAGCGACACUAUUUGUUGUUUACUUAAGUCACUCAUCCUACGUAGACCUGGCCUUAAGUGUAUCAUAACAUCCCAAAUUAGAGAAGAAGCGGAUGUUUUAGCGGACUAUUUCUUAGCUAAUGUGUUCCUCUAUGAACCAAAAACAUUUUAUGUCGUUGAUGAGUAUCCGAUAGAACCAGUAAGCGAUUAUCUAGACAGUUCAUUAAUUCAAGUUCUACAGAUCCAUCUAACCAAACCAGAGGGUGACAUUCUUGUCAUCUUAACGGAUCAAGAAGAUGUCAUCCGAGCUUACCAUUCUUUGCACGAGAGAAUGAGCGGGCUAAGAAAUAUUGUACCUGAGCUAUUAAUUGUGCCUGUGUACGAUGUUCCUGUUCCUAGUGAGAUGCAGGCGAAGGUUUAUGGUAGAACUCCUACCGGGUUUAGGAAGGUUGUUCUGGCACCUUGUACUGCUGAGGCUUCAUUAUCCAUCCAUAAUGUACUUUACGUUGUCGAUUCUGGAGCGGAGAAGCAGUUUAUUUACGAUGAAAGAGAGGGUACUAAUUCUUUAGUCAUUGCACGCAUUUCAGGAGCUUCGGAAAAUGUCCGGAAAAACCUUGCAGGUCGAUCAAGAUAUGGUGGCAUCUGUUAUCGAAUGUAUCCCUGCACUGAAGUAAUGCUGUUUCGUUCAUACUCUGAAUGUGGGAGGAUGAAUCUUCAGUUUUUUAUAGUACUUAUAAUGCAAGUUAUGGGCAUAAAAGAUGUCCACGAUUUCCCGGAUUCUCCUUCUCCCCAAGUUAUAAAAUCGGCGAUGAAACAGCUCACUGACGUUCACGCUUUAGAUGAAGAAGGGAAUGUGACCAAGAUUGGGAAAAAAUGGCAGAAUUUUUAUUGGAUCCUCCAUCAUCUAAAACUAUCUUCACAUUCUUCACAGAUGACUGAAAUUAUUAUCAGCUUAUUUGACAAGAAAAUAUCAAUCUUCCUCUAUCUAUAUGUGGAUUACGUUGAAAUUCUCUUACAACACCUUAAUAAUAUUAGUAAGAUAAGUUUCUUCUGUUAA